AUGAUCUAUUCAGUGAAUGCAUCUGAAGAAGCUUCAACUCCUCAAUCUAUCUAUAGUCAUGGAUUGGUUCCUGAUGAGGAUGGUUUCAAAAUGUGGGAAUGUACGAUGUGCACUUUGUUUAACCUGGAAUGCGAAGACCUCAUGAAUAAGGGAAUAAGUGGAACAGGUGAGGGAUUUGAUGUUCCUGGAAGGCAUUUUGGGGGAUUCUUGACCAAGCCUCCUCAUUCAUCUCUUCGCCAAACUGCAUCGUCUGCAGCUGAUAGACUAUUGCAGCCACCAGCUCCAAUAUGUGAGCUCUGUGGAAUCCAAAAACCGAAAGAUGGGAAUUCAAAAAGUGCUGUCUGGUCAUGA